UUGACUGACAGCAUUCACAAGCGAUGAUACAAAGUAACCGCUUCAUACGGCACAAGUUUAAUACAGGUGAUUCCAGGUGCGAAAUUUGAUUAAAAUAACACGGAGUAAACAGUGAACUUUUAUUCUCUCUCCAUCCGAUCUGGCUAAACCUAUCUAUAAGAAAAAUAGGAUACAACCAUCAAGAAAAGAAUAGUUUCAAGGAUUCUUUGAUUACAAAAAACCAAGAUCUGAGAUAACAUUUUAUAUACAACUGACAACCCUAAUCCUGGAAUUCAAUCGCUCCUUUAGCGGAAGAAGGAAAUUGUUCUCGUGGAUAAAGACCUUACGAACAAAGUUUAGUUCAACGAUGGUGUGAAGAUCGAAACAUGGUUCUUGACAUGUGACAAUGUUCACGAUGAUCAACCCGACAACCGAACUGUUGUUUGUCACAGAGAAUAUUUGACACUCGUUACAAACACUCAUUAGGGAAUUAAUUACAGACAGAGCUUGUAAAUCUUACGGACAAAGUGUGAAAAACAGCAGAGCAAUUUUUAAGAAUAAGAAUACCGAAACUUUUCGUGUUGGAUCAUUUUGGAUUUGUAUUUACCAUGAUGCACAAGGAAAAUAAGUGAGUAGGAUUUUUAAGGAAAAUCAAACUUUGUGCAUAUGAGACGGAAUCAAAUAGUAUAUGUGAAAAUUACAACGAAUUUUUGUUUAUGGACAUAUGAAAAAUACACUAGUGAUGACUUAGUAGAAAUAUUUAGAGAAAAAUAAAUAUUUUCAUAAUAAUUUACUCAGAAAGGACUUGCGUCUAAACAACAAGACAAUAAAGGAAGAACUACAAAUCAAGAUAGCUAAUGUGAACUUCAAAUUGGUUUUUUAUUGUGUUAUGAGGAGAUCUCUAGCCAUAACAAUGACCGGUAUCGCUUUCACAUUUGGUGUUUUUGUUGGACUUUUAAUUCAGCUUCCUGUGAUAACAUUACCCACGAAUGACCCCCGAGAUGGGGUCAGUUUACAUUUAGAUGAGUUACAAACAGGUCACUUGAUAGAUGGCCAAAAUGAAUUGAAUAAUGUAUUGGACACAUCAAAUACACAAGAUGACAAAGGAAAAAUUGUAGAUCAGUUUCAACCUGCCGGCCAUAGAAAACAACUUUCAAUCAGUAAUCCUCUAAGUAGCUUGAGACCCUCUCGACACGGUGUUGUAUUUGCAAGAAACAAUGGAACAUCGGAUUAUAUCGAACCUAACACUCUUCAAACCGGUCGAAUUAUUAAUCAUUACCAAGAUCAAAAGCAAAGUAAAGGCUCUUUACACGAAGAUGGAUUAACUAAGGAUACGCAAGUGAAAAUUACGAACGCUGACCUAAAUGUGGUUUCGCCUAAAAAUAUUGUUUCUGAAAUUUUCUGGACAAAUGAUGUAGAAAAUAUGUGUCCAUCAGGAUUUAACCAUGGAGAUCAUACAUCAUGGAAAGACAAAGUGAAUUCCGUGAAAAUCGUGAAAAUGGGAGAAGGAUGCGGGAGGAUGCAAAAUAGGAUGUUAACUUUUCGUGACGCAAGCAAAGCAUGUGCACGUUAUCGUCUCAAUACAGACCAAAUGCAAGGAGAAAUAUACUCUUAUUAUCUUAGCAAAUUAUUAAAAAUUGCAAAUGUGCCACCAUCUUCUUUAAAACUUUUAGAUUCUAAAAGUGACCAAUGGCUAUCUGUUCGGCCAGAAAUUGCCAACGCACAGUGGCCAGACGAUAGAGUAAUUAUAGUAACAAAAUGGAUAGAUAAUCUCAAACCGUCUUUCAUUCCUCUCGAAUUUCGAGGGGAGGACAAAAACUUGUAUCCGAGCAAAGAGCUCGGACAGAAAUCCAAAGAUUCUUUAUGUGAUUUACUGCAGUGGUCGGAUUUAGUUAUUUUCGAUUAUUUGACAGCUAAUCUAGACAGGGUAGUUAAUAAUAUGUUCAACAAACAAUGGAACGACCAGAUGAUGAACAGUCCCACACAUAAUUUGGAGAGAAGUACUUCCGGUGCUCUAAUAUUUCUAGACAAUGAAUCUGGGUUGUUCCAUGGAUAUAGACUGCUAGAAAAAUAUUCAUCUUAUCAUAAAUCGUUGUUAAACUCAUUAUGUGUUUUUCGAAAAUCGACGGCGUCCGAAAUCGAACGUCUGCAUCUUUCUGGUAGUAUAGGUGAUGAACUACAUAAAUUGUUUACAGACAGUGAACCAUUUCAUAGAUAUAUACCAAAAAUUCCACGCAAAAAUAUACAAGUUUUGCAGCAGAGAGUAGGUGAUAUUUAUAAUCAAAUUCAAAAAUGCAGGACGAAGUUUUCGUAAAAUUAUAAUCUUGUUUCUAUAUACAUUCUUGCCAGAUUAAUUUUGUUGUUUUCGCCCCUUCUAAAGGGAAUUUUGUUUUGUAUUCACGUUUGUUUGUUUGUUGAUUAUAUACUAAAUGUGCUAUGUUUUUUCAUUGAAAUAUUUAAUAUUUUCAAAUUCCAUAAUUUCAUCAUUUACAUUUAUUAAAAUUAUUUUUUAUAUUUA